AUGAAGUACCCCAGCAAGUGUGAAAACCCUUUGCACUUGGACAUUGAUGACUCUUCGCGAGAUGCACGAGAUAGUGGAGCAGUCAAUAUGUCUUUGUAUCGUAAGUUUUCUCCCCUCUACAUAUCUGGACAAGCAGACGACGACUUUUAUGCAUCGUUUGGACAGCAUCGCCAUCCCAGUAUUAACUUCAGUGAUCAGAAAGGUAAACACACCAGCAGCGUGGAGUCCCUCUCAUCCGAUCAGAUAGCCAGGUUUGAACACGCUAUAAAGCAACCUCUCAACAUACUAUCAACAGAUGCUCGCUGUUACAUAGAUAACAUCAGCGACAUCCGCGAGUCUGCCACAGCACGUGCUGUUGCCUUUUUGCGGGCAUAUGAGAGUCAACUGGAGGCUCUUUUUGCGAAUUAUACUUUUUCAUCCAACCAUCAGACGCCCCUUAAUACAUCAGGUGUGCAUGAGCUGCAUCCAGAGAUAGCUUCUCACCAAGGCUCUGUUAUUGGGUCUGCGGUUCCAAUCUCACUUGGUGGCGUCCUCUCUCAGCUGCGUGGCAAUCUGACGAUGCUUGUCACUAUAGUGAGCGCGUUCUAUCCUUCUGUUCCUACGACCAUUCAGUUCAUUGUUCAGAGUGUGAUGGAGCACUGCGACUACCUUGAAGAUCAAAUUAGUUUAAUGUACAAGGACAGCACAAGCCUGGUUGAAAGCGAUGCACACAAUAUUACACCCCCGAUCUCUAAUAGCUUUGCUAGUAACUUAACCAUUGGGCCCACAAGCACGAUGGAUGUAAUUUCGAGACUUAGCCACAACAACAUAGACCAGGCUCUAUACACACCGCUCACUCCCAGCAUCCGGUAUAGCACCACAAACAUGGCUCAGACCCUCUACUCUAUGCCUCGAUCCAUUGUCAAGGCCGACGAAUGGAAUGAGUCGUGCGACAGACCGGAUAGGCAGCUUUUCCUUAAGAAAAUAACGAGCAUCCCCGGUUGCUGUACCUCUGAGAAGAGCUGCACAGAUCAAACCAGCUCAAACUUUAAUUUAUUCAAUGAACCGACGGACUUGUCUGACAAAUGUAAAGAGAAAGAGAAAGAGAGAGAAAAGGAGAGAGAAAGGGAAAACGAUAAGUGCUCUUCUGUAGACGUACUUAAGACAGUUGCUAUUUCUCACACAGAAGCAACCAGCGAGUCAGUAGAGAACGUGGAGGGUCAAGUCUAUGGUAGCCAUAAUACUACUACUAGCACUAUGAUUAACACCGCAAGCCUCCUGCUACCUGAUAGCCCGCCAAUACAGAAGGGUACAUCCGACGUCAUAACACUCACUAAAAUCUGUUCAAUUCCGGGACUUCCUGGUCGCGUGGUAGAGCCACAAAUGAUUACGAGCCCUCCGAUGGACAUGAGCGGUGAUGAUACUGGUAACAAGAUGGGCAAUCAACUGAACCCAAGAAAGGCUAAAGCCACUGCACCCAACGAUGAUCCUGCAACAUACCUUUUUGAAGAAGGCAGAAACGGAAUGGAUGAUAUUGCCCAGAAGACUCCAGACCUGUGUGGCGCAGCGCUUACGUCUGCAGAGGGAGUUAUACAUAACAUGCUCGACUUUGUGAAGCUUCUGUACAAUGAGAGGAUUGUCAAGGCAUCCAAUGACAUCUAUGUUGAGCUCAGCAGACGGAUAAAGCAGAACGAUUGCGUGAUAGUCUUUGGUAAGUCACGCAUAGUACUUAAGGCCCUGAUAUUGGCGCACCUCCGUCUCCAGGCAGAGACGGAUAGUAAAGCGUGCUUUGAGGUCAUCUGCAUUGAUGCUUCGGAGUGUCAGUGUGGCUUGGACAUUAUCAAGAAACUUUCGCAGGCCGGGAUCCCCUGCUUCUAUGGGCUGCUGACGUCCUUACCGUUGUUCAUCAAGCACGCAACAAAGGUGAUCAUGGGAGCACAUAGUGUGAGCCUCAACGGGAGCAUUCAAGGUCGUGCUGGCGCGUCCCUUAUAGCCAAUAUUGCAAAGUUCUACAGAAUACCUCUCAUCGUUGGGUGUGAGACCUAUAAAGUCACCGAUCAGAUUUACAUAAAUGCUCUGUCAAACAAUGUCUUACAAGACACGGGCACCUUCACACUGGGUCAGACAGACAAGAUACAGAUAAUUAAACCACUGUACGACACCGUCGAUACCAAGCUAAUCAGUUGUAUCAUAACAGAGUAUGGGCCUAUUUCUCCCGACUCUUUACGGGAACAGUUGAAGUAG